AUGAUGCACAACAAGGAGGAGAAAUUGUUGGUGUUGUGGGACAUCAACGGCUGUCCGAUUCCGGAUGGUUUCGAUCCUCGUCUGGUCGGACCGAGAAUAGAAUCGGCGUUGAAGAAGUCAGGCUACUCUGGUCCUCUCACAAUCACUGCCAUUGGCGACCUAAGACGGACCCCUAUCACCCCUAGUGACAAGGUCCUGCGAGUGCUUUCUUCCACUGGCAUCGCUCUUAGACAUGGCUACGACAUUCUACCGACUUUGUUGGAAUGGAACGAUCAUAAUCCAUGUGCUACUAUAAUGAUCAUUGCCGCUCAUCAUCUUCUGCAAUCAAUAGCUGGUACACUUUCCUGCAUAGAGAGAACAUGCAAAUUGCUUCAACGAGAUCCAUCACUCUGGAAAAGCUCUCUGCUUGGGGUUCCUGAAGUAUGCAGGUAUGCUGCCCAAAGCUUUGACGAUCUCACCACGCAUCUCAAGAGUGUAGGACAUGCAGAUGAAGAAACCUCCCUUAAAUACAAGAGAAUGAUGGACAACAAAGUGACGCACAAGGAGAAUAAAACGUUUGUGUUUUGGCACAUCAACUACUGUCCGAUUCCCGAUGGUUAUACUCCUCGCAUGGUCCGUCGGAGAACUGAAUCUGCGGUUAAGAAUUCAGGCUUCUCUGGUUCUGUGACCAUCACUGAACUGGCGACCUAA